CGUGUUGCAUCACAUUGUAUUUGUGCAUUGCGCGCCUGCUGACUGCCGCCUCCCACCAUUUCCGCUGCCCGCUCCACGCUGCCGCUCGCCGCUGCGCACCAAAUGCGUCACUGCGGCAACCUGCUGUUGGCCUUAUUGCCACUCCGACGUCGUGGCGGUGUCGUUGACGAUGAUGAUGACUGCUCUGCGGUGUUGGUGAGACCACUGUUGUUGUUGUUGGUGUUGCUGCCAUUGCUCUGACUACCGAAAUUGCCACUCCGUUGGCAAUUUGUUGUUGCCAUCGCCAUCGCCGUCGCCACAAAUGCUGAUAGUGGUCGGUCUGUAUGGUGGUGCCAGCGCGCGUAGCCGGAGCAGUCCAAUAGUUACGGGUGUGUUUCUUACGGACGCGCUUGUAGAUUUCGCAAUCCGCAACAAUUUGCCAGCCAGCCGCACGUCCCCAACACCAGCGCCUGCUGCGUCGCCCACGUCGACCGUUGUCGUCGUAUCUAAGCGCUUAGUGUCAUCACCGUUGCCGUGGCCGGCGCUGUCAUCAUUGCUGGUUGACAUCCGUUUUAGACAUUGAUGCGCGUGCACGUGUUGCUGUUGUUGUUGUGCCACAUAUUACACACUUACAAUCGCACACAUAGUCGUGGUGUUGCCGUUACUUUGGCCGCUGAUAGCCGCGGUCGCGUUCAUGGUUACCGCAAAAAAUAGUUUAAUAUCGUCGUGUCGCUUGAUUUGAUCGCCAGGAUAAUUGCGCAACUCGCUCAUCCGCUCGUGUGUGUCUUGCUGACGCGCUUCAGCCGCUUUAUCGCCGGUGUGUGGUCGGUCGUCAAAGACUUCAAGUGCGUUUUUUCGUGAAGUUUCGCGUGUGCGGUGUACGGUCUGUCAAGUGACAGCUGUCAGUUUUGAUUUUUCCGCAAAGUGUCGUGUUAAAGUCUGAGUUCCGUGUAGAAGAUUUUUAUGAAAGGAAUGUAAUUGCAGUUGGAGAUGUUUAAUAAGUAUUGUUCGUCGACGUGAACGUGCGUGUUUCAUAAACCCCAAAUAAAUUGUGUCUCGUGUGAAAAUCCGGAAAAAUGCACAUCUCAAGUGAAGUGAGUUCAACCACGAAUCAUCAGCAGCCACCGCCCGCUAGCGGUGCGCCGUCGAAACGUCAAGCCACUAAUGCUAAUAACCAUACAAAUAACAACAACAACAAUAAUAAUAGUGUUAAUAAUAAUAAUACGAGCGGCAGUAAUAAGAAAGUCGUCGAUACGAGCCCAUAUCUAACACCGGAGAAUCUCUUCGAGCGUACGGUUGAUGUGUUGCUGGCCGAACAUCCGGGAGAAUUGGUGAAGACCGGCUCACCGCAUGUGGUCUGCACAACGCUGCCCACGCAUUGGCGCUCGAACAAAACGCUACCAAUUGCCUUUAAAGUGCUCGCCUUGGGCGAGGUAAUGGACGGAACGAUUGUAACAAUACGCGCGGGGAACGAUGAGAACUUCUCGGCGGAGUUGCGGAAUUGUACGGCCGUUAUGAAAAAUCAAGUGGCCAAAUUCAAUGAUUUGCGCUUCGUUGGACGCAGUGGACGCGGCAAAAGCUUCACCCUGAGCAUUGUGAUAUCGACGAAUCCCAUACAGAUCGCGACCUACAACAAGGCGAUCAAGGUGACGGUGGAUGGUCCGCGCGAGCCACGCUCCAAGGUGCGUCAUCCGGGUUUUCAUCCGUUUGCCUUCGGACCGCAGCGUUUCGGACCCGGUGAUCCGUUGAUGGGUGGACUGCCGUUUAAGUUUCCAGGUUUCGCACACCAUCUCGUCGGCAUGCAUAGUCACUUGCAUGCGCCCGAUUGGCGGGCGUUGAGCAACCCAGCGGCUUUGGCGCGACCGGCCUUUGCGCACGGCGCAGCAUUCUUUCAUCACCAGCAUCCCGCUUUCCAGGCGCACAACAUCGCUGGCAAUUUGGAACGGCAUGGACUGCGGGCGCUAAACGAAACCCAUCCUCAACUAACACAACUGCGUCAAUUAUCAGCGGCACAUAGCACCACCAGUCCCGAGGGUUCGCCGACAACCACAACAAUUAAUUUGGGCACACAACCGACAUUAACCAUAUCGCCGCCUUUGACCACGACCAACAGUGACAACGAUAACAAUAACAACAUAGAUGCGGGUUUUGAAAGUGAUAGCAUUUCGGUGACGGGCUCGUCCAAGAAGACGUCCUCUUUGCACGAAGACGACGAUGGACGUAGCACUUCACCACCAUCGAAUAGCGGUUCCGCCAGUGGUGGUGGUGCCUUCACAUCGCUCAUACAACGUAACGAAACGCUGCGCAAAAAUGAACUGCUCAAUGGCUUCGCAUCACAAUUCUCACCCGCGGCGAAUAGCUUCAAUCCCGCUUUGGCGGCACAGCUUUUCCUACAGAAUCCGCUUUUGCCGCAACCGAGUCAAUGGCUGUAUACGCAACUGUAUGGCAACUACAGUGAGUUUCCCUGGUUUCGUGGCGCCGGUACUGCUGUUGCUGAUGGCCUAACGCCAUCUGUACCCGGUACGGUAGCAGCCGAAGUGCCGAAUGUAACGAGUCUAACAGCCACGGAUGGCGCUAGUGAUGGCGUGAACUUGGUAAAGCGUUGCGUAACGUUAAUCUCGCAUUCACCCGGUGUGGAGAAUGCGAAUCCGAAUGAUUCACCGCCCGUAACCUCAACGCGACACUCACCAGCGCUUGUCGAGACCAUCGAUCUGGACGAUGUGAGCACCACAUCACGUACUGAGCUGUGGCGCAGUGAGUUCGGACCGAUACGUUGCCGUACACCCAGAGCGACGGACGUGUGGCGUCCAUACUAGCGGCUGCGUAACGCCAUGGUGACGGCGUUGGGCUUGCAAGUGCUCGUAGAGCAGAAAGUUGAGACUCACGAAGAACUGCUGCUCGACACGAAGCAGUGAUAUUGAGUGUUUCGGGUGGAGUAGUGCACCGGUUGAUUGAAAAGUGUAAUGAAGGAAGAGCAGUUAGUUUUCAUAUCGUAUUUUAGCGCAUGCCAGUUGGCGGUGAGGUGACGAGGUUGCGAGAUUUUAAGCUGAUUUCUUGUAAAAUAAAUAUGUAAUUAAAAAGUUCUAGAAAUGUACUCGCUUAGAGUAUGUAAAUGGUGGAGAAAUUUAACGUUUUAUAAAACGAAGAAAAUCACAUAUCGAAUUUAUUAAAGCAAGUAAUGUAAAAUCAAUAUAAACAAAUUAUAUUACCGUUAUUAUUAAGAACGUAAUCAAAAUUUCACUCUAACUGUUAAGUUAAGUUUUAAGUUUAAGCACAUUUGAGUCACGUGUACAUGUAUAUAUAAAGUCUAUUAUGUUUUGUAAUUCUAGUCUAGAAUGCAUACAUAAGCAUUUCAAGUACAUAAUGUGGCAUAUGUACAGUUAUAUGAAGUAGUAAUGUAAAAAUUUUAAAUUAUAACGAUUUCAUAAGUAUCUCAUAGUGCCGUUAGCUGCUGGAGCAACCCAGUUCGCUACGAGCAAUAGUUUAAGGUAUUCUGUUGAUAUUUAUAAAAAUACAAAACUCAAAAGAUCCAAUAAAUAUAUAUAGAUUUCAAGCAAGCCCCAUUCUAAAGAUGCAAA